AUGAAAGUAAAAAAGACAAGAAGACAGAAACGAAAAUUGCUUGUUAAUGAAACGAGAGUUAUAAAACCUGAGAAAAUAACAAGAAGCGAAGAAUCGGAAGGAGCUGAAUCUGUUGCCUAUGAUUUUAUACCAGAUACUAUGCCUACUAGGGCUGUCUAUCGUGAACAACUGGAGAUUGGAUUCAGGAACCAUCUGCUUGUCCUUUUACAAGGGCCAAUCGGUUGUGGUAAAACAUCGAUAGUGAGGGAGGUUGCACGUAGUAUGAAGUUACCAUGCCGAAUUGUACAAAUGGGUGAACAAAUUGAUUCAAAAACUUUGUUUGGAGCAUUUCAUUGCUUGGAUGUACCUGGUGAAUUUUGCUGGAAACAAAGCACCUUCACGAAAUAUAUUCUUGAUAAGGGAAUCAUACUUUUGGAAGAUAUCGAUUGUGCUUCGUCGGAUUUAAUAUCACAAAUAAUCAACUUAUGUAAUAGUCGUGAAGUGCAACUAACUUCCGGUGAAACAAUACGAAUGCAUAAUGAAGCUUAUAUUAUUGUUACGAUGAGGUGUACAAAGCGAGAAAGAAGUUUCCGAUCAGCUGAUAUUGAAUUGUUACUUACUUCCAUACCUUUCCAAAUUUGGUUGCCACCAUUUACAAAUAACGAACUUCAUCGUGCUAUUUGCAUUUUAUGCAAAAGGGUUGCUCCAAUUGCUCAAAAAUUGUUAACUCUAUUCGAUGAACUUAUUAACAGCCCAAUCAACCAGUUGAAUGGCAGGAAAUUGGGAGCGACAGAUUUAUUGAAAGCCUGUAAACGUGUCAAUGACUUGAAUGAUCUAUCCGACUCAGUGGCUGUUUUUCAUGAAUUGAUCGACUGUUGGACAGUUCACUGCCGCCGACAGGAAGAUGUUUUUUCAUUGUCGGAAAUAAUUGCGAGCAGUUUAUCUCUGAAUCAUGAACAACUGAUGUAUCAUUUGAAUCUUCGAUUGCCUGAAAUUUCAGUUACACAAACCUGUAUGAAAUGUGGUCGAGUAAAUCUGCAGAGGAAUCGGAUAGCAACAACAAGAGAGAGCAAAGUUACUCGUUUUGGUAUCACACGUAAUGUAUGUCGACUGUUGGAGCAGAUAGCAGUUUGUGUAAAUCGUCUGGAGCCAAUAUUGCUUGUUGGUGAAACUGGUGUUGGUAAAACAGCCAUUAUACAGCUACUAGCAGAUAGCAUUGGCACUACUCUUAGAGUUGUAAAUCUCAGCCAGCAUUCAGAUUCAUGUGAUUUAAUUGGCGGAUAUAAACCAGUAUCAGUACCGUAUUUGUUACGACCACUAAAAAAAGAAUAUGAUGAACUGUUUGCUGCAACGUUUGAUUUGAAAAAAAAUGAAAAAUUUUUGCAUCAUUUGGAGGUGAAUUUUUUAUCCCUUUUUUAA